AUGGGAAAAGAAAGGGACAAGGAUGGGAAACUUCACUUCAUCGUCUACAUUUCCGUGCUUUCCCGGACCACCUACCCAGGGAGCAAGACAACAUCUUCACAAUUUGAGGGGUCAAAACAAGAAAACUCCUUUCGGCUGGUGGUGAAGAACUUCAAGGCACAGGACCAGGGGACCUAUUUCUGCUUCAGCAACAUCAACCAGGAGCUGCACUUCAGCUCUGGACAACCCGCCUUCUUCCCAGUCACAACAACAUCAGCACCCACCACACCUGCUGUCACCAACCAGAGCAGACAGAUCACCAAGAAAGACAUCUGCAUGCAGAGCUCAGAUCCAGAAACAAGCAACAAGAACAUGCUGAAUUUCUACUGUGAGAUUUACAUCUGGGCUCCCCUUGCUGGCGUCUGCCUCGUGCUCCUUGUAGUUCUGGUUGUCACCAUCGUGCUCUGCCAAAAGACCAGAAGACGACGAUGCAGGUGUAAGAGACCUCCAAAUGGGAAGCCUGGUGCAAAACCCAGUGUACCAACCCGACACAUAUGAGCAGCUGCAGCGCCCGGCUGCUGGUCAGCAUCUGGGAGCCACUGCUGCCAAAGGCAAUCUGCCACAUAGCUACUACUCUUCGAGCAUGCUAUCCUGAGAAAUCCAGAAAGACAGCAAAGGAGCAGAGUCACACAGAGCCAGCACCUCCCUGAAGCACAGCUCUUACUGAACCAGAGCUUUUCCAUUGGAUUCCAAAGGCCCAACACCACCUUCAGACCCAGCAGAACUCUGCGGUUCCAGCAGAAGAAAGCGGUCGGUCCUGAUGGAAAGACCCAUCGGUGACAAGUGGAUGAGAAAUAAGGAUAUUGACUGAUCUGCCCCCUUUUUUGUGGCGCUGUGCAGCCCCCUCAAAGUUUCACAGAGUCACAGAACGGCUCACGUUGGAAGGGACCUUACAGACCAUCACAUCCCAACCCCAGCCACGGGCUGGGUGCCACUACCGGGUCAGGCCGCCCAGGGCCCCAUCCAACCCAGCCCUGAGCAAAGUUUCAUCUCAUAUAACAUAGGGCUGCACUGAGAAAGCAAACAAGGAUAUAAGGGCUGUACUUUUGGGAGUUUUACACUCCUGCAGGCUGAAGUUUCUUAUUUCCCCUUUGCUCCUUUCAUCCUGCUGCUAACCCCACACCCACUGUGCUCAGCACUUCCACCUGGGCACAAAGUGGGAUUUCCCUUCUUUCUGGAAUAACUGGUUGAGUAUCAAUAAAUUAACAGCCUCUGUUACUUGCUUUGGCUAAGCAGGACUUUCAGCAUACUUGGGGCACUGCGAGCAAGAGUUGUUUAUUUUUUCACCUCUGUGCCUGAUGUAAAUAUUUCCUCAUUACAGUGACAUGUCAACACCUGAGAUAAAAUAAAGCAAUGUUUCCAGACAGAUUCA